AGGAGCAAUUCAAAGGCUCCUCUAAAGCUUAUGCCACCACCCUCAUCAAAAGGUUGGUGGGUGAAAAAUAUGAUGCUACUGGCAGUCUAAAGGAGCACAUUAUGAAGAAAUGUCACAUGGCUUCCAAGCUUAAGUCAAUGGAGAUGGAAAUCUCUGAUGGUUUUCUUGUCCAUUUCAUUAUGUCAUCACUGCCCCAGGAGUUCUCUCCAUUUGUGAUCAACUACAACUCUAUGAAAAUAAAGUGGGGGAUUGAUGAGUUAAUUGCCAUGUGCGUGCAAGAAGAAGAAAGGCUGAAGGCAGAAAGGAUUGAUCAUGCUAAUCAAUUCAAGCAUUCUGAAAAGAAAAGAUAUAAGAAAUUUAAGAAGGAAUACUUGAAGCCUAAGCCUGGUCAAUUUAAAGAAAAUGGGCAAUCUUCUAAGCAAGGCCAGCAGAACAAGCCAGCAGGUGGCUCCAAUGCAGAGGAAAAAGGAAAAGAUCCCGAAGGAUGCCACUUUUGUGGAAAAAGUGGACACCGUCAGAGGGACUGCAUUGGUUUUAUGAGAUGGCUCAAUAAGAAAGGGAUUCGCUACGAGGAGGACCCUAAGAAGAGGGGAAAGAAGAAUUAGAGUUGCUAAUGGAGUUGAAGCAGAAGUCAAGGCCAUUGGAGACUUCACUCUUACUCUUCAUACUGGCUUUAGACUUCAGCUAAAUGAUGUUCUUUAUGUACCCUCUAUGAAAAGAAACUUAGUUUCUGUUU